CGUAUGCUUCAUCAUAAGCAAAACGACGGAUGUGUAGGCCCGUCCUGUUCCCGGAGUGUGGUUCUCUCCAUCCCUCGACUCUCUUAAGACCUGAAAGAGAGGAUGUCUCUACGCUGCGGGAAUCUGGCCCGCAGCCUGGGGUCCCGGGUAUUUGGAAGAUACUUAUACAGCUCCGUUAGAGCAUUAAGUUCUUUGCUAGAUAAAAAAAAGGAAUUUUUACGUAAUGGACCAGACCUUCAAGAUUUUGUUUCUGGUGAUCUUGCGGACAAGAGUACCUGGGAUGAAUAUAAAGGAAAUUUAAAGCGCCAGAAAGGAGAAAGGUUAAGACUACCUCCAUGGCUAAAGACAGAGAUACCCAUGGGCAAAAAUUACAAUAAGCUGAAAACUACGUUGCGGAAUUUAAACCUCCACACAGUGUGUGAGGAAGCACGAUGUCCCAACAUUGGAGAAUGUUGGGGAGGUGGGGAAUAUGCCACAGCCACAGCCACCAUCAUGCUGAUGGGGGACACAUGUACACGAGGUUGCAGAUUUUGUUCUGUUAAAACAGCAAGAAACCCUCCUCCAUUGGAUGCCAGUGAGCCCUACAAUACAGCCAGAGCAGUUGCAGAGUGGGGUCUGGAUUAUGUCGUCCUGACGUCGGUGGACCGAGAUGACGUGCCUGACGGGGGAGCUGAGCACAUGGCCAAGACCGUGUCCUGCUUGAAGGAGAGGAAUCCAAAAAUCCUUGUGGAAUGCCUCACCCCUGACUUCCGAGGAGAUCUGGGAGCAGUAGAAAAGGUCGCUCUGUCAGGAUUAGACGUGUAUGCACACAACGUAGAAACUGUUCCAGAGUUACAGAGGAAAGUUCGUGAUCCCCGGGCCAAUUUUGACCAGUCUCUUCGUGUACUGAAACAUGCCAAGGAGGUCCAGCCUGACGUUGUUUCCAAAACAUCAAUAAUGCUGGGCCUAGGGGAGACGGAUGAGCAAGUCCAUGCCACGAUGAAGGCACUCCGUGCAGCCAACGUGGACUGCUUAACUCUAGGGCAGUAUAUGCAGCCAACAAAGCGCCACCUUAAGGUUGAAGAAUAUGUUACUCCUGAGAAGUUCAAAUACUGGGAAAAAGUAGGAAAUGAGCUUGGAUUUUAUUACACUGCAAGUGGCCCUUUGGUGCGUUCUUCCUAUAAAGCAGGUGAAUUUUUUCUGAAAAAUCUAGUGGCCAAAAGAAAAACGAAAGCGUGUAAAACUUAGCCAAGCCCUUCAAGAUCACAGGAGUUUUAAGAUUUUGCUUCCAGUUGGUAUAAGGUUGGGGGCCCGCCUGUCAGGAUUCCUGGGCAUGCACACCAGUGCUGUUUGCUGUGGUAUCUGGUCCAGGGAUAAUGGCAUGUACUUGGAGUUCCACUUGGCCCAUCCUGAACUACCUAAGUAAGGCCCUAUCUCAAAUUUAAAAAAGAAAAAGAAGAAAAAGUCUGUAAGCGAUACAUAUUUAAGGAGGAUUCAUUUGGCUUCUCUCCUACCUUUGUCCUCAUUGUUGGUGAUGAUGUAAUCAUAGAACAUCUUUGAACAGUUUGCGUUUAUCAUUGUAAUUUUAAAAUGUAUCAACGUCUAGAAGAUCUUAUAAAUCACAGUAACGUGUA